AUGGAUCUACAACAAAUAGAUCAAGAGGUUUCAUUGCAAGAAGACCAAGAAGAAACUCCAUUUUCUGAACUAAGCAAACAAAACUCAAUACUCUCACUUACACUUGAUGAGUUCCAAUGCAAGAGUGGAAAGAGCUUUGGUUCCCUCAACAUGGAAGAAUUCCUAGCCAGCAUUUGGAGUUCCAGCGACGAAGCUACUCAAUCUCAGAAGAAUACAAAAACUGUUGCAACAGAAGAAGAACAAAACAUUUCCCAACAUGGUAACUCAUUUUCUGUCCCUCCUCCAAUUUGCAAGAAAACUGUGGAUGAAGUUUGGUCUGAGAUUCAUAAAAACCAACCACAACUCCAAAAAGAAACUAACCUUAAGCGAAACGAGACACUCAAGAAGCAACAAACACUUGGAGAAAUGACUUUGGAGGAUUUCUUUGUGAAAGCUGGUGUAGUACAACAGCAAUCAUCAUCCUUGUCUUUUCAGAAUCAUAGUGGCAAUGUUGUUUCAAGUAAUAUGAGACCAUUGAAUGUUGCAAGUUAUGGUUUGAGGCCUUCUAUUGGAAUGGGAUUUUCUAGAAAUGGUCUUGUAACAUACCAAAUGCUGUCACAGAAUAACAACUCAGUAUUGCAGGACCGAGCAAUCGGGAAAUGUCAAAACUUGCCUGAACCAAGUGGAUGCAAUACUAGCAAGAGGAUAAUCGAUGGCCCUCCCGAAGUUGUAGUGGAGCGAAGGCAACGUAGAAUGUUGAAAAAUCGAGAAUCUGCUGCUCGUUCUCGAGCAAGAAGACAGGCAUAUACUGUGGAGCUAGAGGCAGAACUGAAUCUGCUAAAAGAAGAGAAUGAAAAACUAAAACAAAUUCUGGCUGAAGCAGAGAACAAGAGGAAACAAGAGCUUUUACAGAGGAAGAAUUCAACAAAGGUUCAAAAGGGAACAGAAAAAUUAAGAGGAAUAAGAAGGCCUAUAAGUGCAACGUGGUGA